CCCCCCCCCCCCUCUCUCAUCCCCAAACAACCGUUGCAUCUUGCACAACUGUUUCUUGAUGGGUUUCUUCCUCUGAUACAUCAUUCCCUUGGGUGAUCUUGGAAAGAAAAGAAGCCCUUUUUUUCAGGCUUUCCCUCUCCAGUGUGGUGCGAACCACUUUCCGGCGUAUAGCUUAGCUUUGCUUGUGUGCUGUUCUUGAGUGGAAUAAAGCUAGAGCGUGCAUUCUUGUGGCUUGGGAUCGGUAGGAUUCUUCUUCCUUCUUCCACAGCCAUGUGCUGCAUGCAGCUUUGAGCUUUGGUAAUUGCUUCUAGGCUCUAGCCACCCCCAGUCCCAGCUUUAGCCAUCAAGAUCCAAGAAAGAUCCAGGACCAAAAAGUCUUGAGCUGCAUUGUAGUGAGGGAUUGUCCCCUAGCUUGGCUCGCUCUUUAUUAAUUCCUCAUAUUAUCUGUCCUUACUGUGGCACCAGAUCAAAGAUCAAGAACACAACUCCCUGUUUCCCGAGGAGAAAGGGAAUCAGGGACAGGAGGCUCAAGCAGCAGCAGAUUCUCCUCUAAGCUAUUUGGGAGAAGCUCCUAUAUUAAUUGGGUCUAUAGAUGCAACAAUCAUAAGUUCUUCUCUCAGUAUGAAGCAGAUGAAGCUUCUCUGAGGAAGGAAGGAAGGAAGGAAGGAGGAAGAAGAAGCUCUUGAUUUCUUUGCAUGGAGAAGGAGGCCAUGGGGGGGCAUGUAAAUAUGAUGCUGCCACUGGAGAACCUGAGCUCGGACCUCCCCAACGGUGGAGUCGUACUUGGCCAUGACAAGGAGAUCUCAACUCUGCAUGAAGAGAUUUCCGCUCUGAGAUCGAGGCAGAGGCAUCUCAACCGGAGAAGACGUGAGGCGCUGGACAAGCUCAUAGACCUCAAAGGAAGCAUCAGGGUGUUCUGCCGAGUCCGGCCGUCGAUCUCAACCAGCAACAUCAAGAUCAAAUCACCAGUUACUGUCGAACAAGAGAACAUCGUAGUUCGGGCAGUGGGGAUCAAGAAAGAUUUCAGUGUUGAUCGGGUGUUUGACCAGGAGUCAACGCAAGAUGAUGUGUUCCAUGACGUGAAGCCAGUCCUCCGAUCUGCACUUGACGGGCACAACGUCUGCAUCCUUGCUUUUGGCCAAACUGGGACCGGAAAGACCUAUACAAUGGAAGGAACUAGCGAUAACCUCGGCGUCGUGCCUCGAGCGAUUCAGGAGCUGUUUUCUCAUGCUGCUCAAGAUACUUCAUCCACAUAUUCUUUCUCCAUAAGCAUGCUUGAGGUCUACAUGGGAAGUCUCAGGGACUUGUUGGCACCAAGGCAGCAGCCUCUCUUCAGGUCCACAGAAGGCAAUACAACUUGUAACCUCAGCAUUCUAGCAACCACAAGUGGCUCCGUGCAAGUCGAGGGGCUUACCGAUGUCGCAGUACCGGACCUCAAGAAAGCCAACCAGUGGUACUGCAGAGGGCGGCGAUCCCGGUCGACAUCCUGGACAAAUGUCAACAAUGUUUCGAGCCGAUCACACUGCUUGACAAGAAUCACCAUAAGGAGAUGUGGAGGUGUGAGUGAGCAAGUCAGCAAGCUGUGGCUCGUGGAUCUUGGUGGUAGCGAGCGGUUGCUCAAGACUGGUGCAUCUGGGUUGACAAUGGAUGAGGGCAAGGCUAUAAACCUGUCUCUGUCGGCUCUUGGAGAUGUCAUCGCUGCACUAAGGAGAAAGAGAAGCCAUGUUCCAUACAGAAAUAGCAAGCUUACCCAGAUUCUCAGUGACUCUCUCGGCGAUGGUUCAAAAGUCGUGAUGGUGGUGCACAUCAGCCCUUCCAAGGACGACGUGGGCGAGACGAUUUGUUCGCUGGGCUUUGCGAAGAGAGCCAUGCUGAUAGAAUCCGGCAGGGAGCUUUCAGAGGACCUGAAAAUGUUGAAGCGGAAGCGGCUCGCGGAGCUUGACAAGGAGAUGCGCGACGCCGAGCGGGAGCUCGGGGUUCUGAAUGAACAAAUAAGGAGUGCCGAGACGUCGGCGGAGGAGAGGAAGAAGCUCCCUCCCUCCGUCUGUCAGCCUCUCGGCGACGAGAAGGGGUCGCCCAGAAGCAUUCUGGUGGCAGCCGACAGCCCUCUGCAGGCAACCGAGAGGGCCAAGAGCAGGAUGGUCCAUCAUGGAUCAGUCCCUCACUUCAUGUCCGCAACGGUGUGCAGCCGCCAAAGACACGGCGCAGCAGCCCAUUCCGUCGGUAAACCAAGGCUGACAAGAUCAGUGAACGCGUGCUCAUCUAAGCCCGGUGGGAGCCAGUCGUUCAGCCACUCCGCGUCCAAGGCUAGGUCGUCAGCGGCAUUCUCAUCCGGCGAGCCUAGGCUGAAAUACUUGUCUGUCAAAUCUGAUCAGAUCAACGUAAGCAGCAACAGCAUCGAUUCGACGGCGGCGUCGGGGCCUCGGCCAAGGGAGGGUUUUGUUUCCAGGCCGGUGCAGCUGAGAGCUCCCCUGCAUCAGCACAGGAGAAGGAUGUCAUGCUUAACCUGAUUGAGCUCACAGAAAUACUGCUGCAUACAGAUUGCAUACCACUGAUUUUGACUUGUUGUUUGGUGCUCAAAUGUUUACAGCUGUUUGAUAGUUUGGUUGUGUUAACUUGUGUGUAGCUACUGGAGGGCCCUUCCUUUGCUCUUUUUGGUUUCAAACGGAAGGGGCACAAGGAUGUGAGUGUGAGGGGUAUGGUAAAUGGAGUUGUAAUUGUAAUUGGAUUUGACUAAUGCUUUUGAUUGAUCUGUUGAAUUGUAAGUUGAAAAAAAAAGGAGUACAGCAUCACUUAAUAUACUGUUCUGAUUCAGGCUAUGAAAACAGAUAUGAUUGUUUCA